AUGGCCUCUGUGAAGUACUUGUGUGAUGUUUUCGGGGAGAGGAUUAGGAAAAACCCCCAGUGGAUGUGUAAGGAGCUUGCUGAGACAAUAAAGAAGGAGAUGGAAAUUGAAGUCCCCAGGAUAAAGAUUCUUAGACUUAGGAAAAUGGCACUUGAGGGAGUUGCAAAAAGUUUGAAAGAACACUACUCGAGGGUUAGAGAUUUUGGCCAAGAAGUGCUGUUGAGUAAUCCACAGAACACAGUCAAGAUAUCCACUACUAGGCUGAAUGAAGAUGACCCUCUAUUGUCUGCUGUGGGGAGGGAUGAGAACAAUCAAAUGUUCCCUAUAUGCUAUGCUGUGGUUGAAUCUGAAAACACAGAUUCAUGGAGAUGGUUCAACACAGGAGUCUUGAAGAAAUGCUUUUGGAACAUUGCUCUUUCUACACACAAAGUGGCAUAUACCGAAGCAAUGAAGGAGAUGGAAAAGCACUCUAAAUCUGCACAUGCUCAACUCUCAGCAAUUGAUCCUAAGCAGUGGUGUAAAGCAUUUUUUGCUACACAUUCGAAGGUGGAUAAUACAGACAAUAACAUGUCUGAGAGAUUCAAUUCUUGGAUUAUAAAUGAGAGAUAUAUGCCACUACUCACUAUGCUUCAAGAAAUUCAAUUCAAGCUUAUGACAAGAAUGAGACAGAAGAGGGAUGAUAUGCUUGCAAGUGACUUACAGAUCUGUCCAAAAAUCAAGAAAUAUCUUGAUGUGCUUAUCACAGAGUCAAGGAAGUGGAAUGCUGCUUGGGAUGGAGAAAGGAAAUUUCAAGUAAAGCAAGGAACUAGAUGUGUUACAGUUGAUUUGGAGAGGGGAAACUGUGAUUGCAGGGUCUAUGAUCUCACAGGCAUGCCGUGUCAACAUGCCAUAGCUGCAAUUCACUCAAGAAGACAUAAUCCAACUGAUUAUGUGUCUGACUACUACAAGAGGGAGAAGUAUCUUGCAGCCUACAAGCACUCACUGGAGGCAAUGAAAGGGGAAGAAUAUUGGGACUUCCAUGGUGGGGAGAUAAUGCUGCCACCAGAUAUUCCCAAAAGGCUUCGAGGGAUGCCAAAAAAACUCAGAAGAAGAGAGGCUUGGGAAGGGGGUAGUAGAAGUCAGACUGCACCUUCACAAGGUGUUUUGCUGCAGAGAUUUUCUAACAAAAAGGUGAUGCAUUGUUCCAACUGUGGAGAUGCAAGCCACAGACUAGCAAAAUGCCCAACUAUGGGCAAGGACAGUGCAACAACACCAACUGAGGCAACCAAGAAAAAUGAGACACCAACAGGGGCAAAGAGAAAAGCAACAAAGGAAGUAAGGAGGCAAAAAUUAAAGCCAAGAAAAGCUCAGCCAGGGAUUGUGAUUAGGGAGCCAGAAGAAGGAGGGAAACCACAAACUCAAGCUUCACAAACUGGUCCAGUGAAGGAUAAAGGUAAGGCAGUUGAAGAAGAAGUACCACAAUCUGUAUGGGAUAUUCUUGAAGAACAAGGUGAGGACCCAACUGAGGAGCAAGGUGGGGAGGAACGUCUAUCUUUUUUCACAAAAAUCCCCAAAAAGAAGAUGCCAUUGAUGAGGGGUCAAGAGACAGAUGAGUGGGAAAAAAGUGGCAAAAACUAUGCAGACUUCCAGGAAUAG